UCACUUAUUUCAAUGGACCAACUACUCAAAAAACCAACUGGCAUACCUAGUAAAUAUCCUCCAAAUCCAAGGCCUAAUUCAUAAUUCCUCACCUAUAUAAACAACCCUUUUUCCUUCUCCCACCAUUUCAUACUUCCUUAUUCAACUUCUUCAUCAUCCAAAACAAAAAAAAAAAAAAAUCAUGUCUUUGAUAACAGAUGACAUAAGAUCAAAGGCAACAGAGCUAUACCAUGGAAAUGAUAUAUGUUUGGCCCAAUCAAAGAGGCUUCUAAGAGAAGUGGGCCUGCCCAAUGGGCUUCUUCCUCUACAAGAUGUAGUAGAAUGUGGGUAUGUAGAGGAAACAGGUUUUGUAUGGCUUAUACAAAAGAAAGAGAUAAAACACAAGUAUGAGAAAAUUGGCAAACUUGUAAGCUAUGCAUCUGAGAUUACUGCUUAUGUUGAGCCUUGUAAGAUUAAGAAACUUACUGGUGUUAAGGCUAAGGAACUUUUUCUUUGGGUAACCAUUUCUGAGAUCACUAUUGAUAGUCUUCAGAGCGAAAAGAUCAACUUCAAGAACCCCACAGGUAUCUCGAAGGUGUUCCCGACAACCGCUUUCGUUGUCGAGGAAGCAGAGUUGGCUGUCAAGGAGGAGAGGAAGGACAAGAAGAAAGAGGUCGAGGUUGCAACUAAGGUUGAUCAUGCUGUUGCUGCUGCUGCUGCUAAGCCUGCUAAUGGAGUAGAGGCUGUAGGAGUUGCAAAUGUGGUUAAGGAGGUGUAGUUAUAAUAAUAAUACUAGUAAGAAAACAAGUCUUUUGCAUAAGAAUUGAAGUUAUACUACUACUAAGAUAUAGGUAAUGUACUAAUAUGCAGUAAUGUAUUGAAGGAGCUGUUGCUCACUCUUUCUCUUGUCAACUUAAUUCUAUGUUUGCUAUGGACUUUACCACUUAAGUGAUGAUAAGAUUUGUUGUUAAACUA